UAGAGAGACGCACUUGGCUGCCUCUGAGCCACGUUUGGCGACGGACCGCAGCAACGAGCGCCACAUGCACACCAUGCAAGUGGGAAACGGAAACAGAGCUCAAAUGCACUAUGGUUGCUGGCUCCCGAGUCCGACCUCGGUUGUUGUAAGGAUUAAAGGGUUAUGGCUGUCUAAGGUUUCAAUGUCUUUUUCCUUUUCCCCUUCGUCCUGCAUCAGAACUAGGCCUUUCUGCCGGGAACAGAAGCGCCUGCUGUCUAAGCAAUUUUAUUCGCAUGGAAGCAAAACUGGAAUUUUGAGGAGGAGAUUGUUGUCCGGAGGAAUUGCGUUAACAGUGUGCUUCUCCUUGCUGAACGAGGGUUCUGUUCGAGGGAUGGAGAAGCUGCCGUUCAGACCAGAGGGUUAUAACUUUUGGACAUGGAGAGGUCGGAAGAUACACUACGUAGAGCAAGGACGAGGGCUUCCUAUUGUUCUUAUCCAUGGAUUUGGUGCUUCAGCUUUCCACUGGAGGUACAACAUCCCAGAACUGGCAAAGAAGUAUAAGGUUUAUGCGUUAGAUUUGCUUGGAUUUGGAUGGAGCGAGAAAGCAAUCAUUGAGUACGAUGCAACUAUCUGGAAGGACCAGGUGGCUGAUUUCAUGAAGGAUAUUGUUAAAGAACCUGCAAUUUUAGUCGGGAAUAGUCUUGGAGGAUUCACGGCUUUGUUUACAGCAUCAGAGUUGCCUCAGCUUGUUCGUGGUUUAGUACUCCUGAACACUGCUGGCCAAUUUAGAGACUCGAACUUAAAGCCUGUCAUCAACAAUGAAGAGUCAGCCAUAAAUAAAUAUGUAGUCAACCCCGUGAAGCAGGCGUUCCAAAGAGUCUUUCUUCGCAUUCUAUUUUGGCAAGCAAAGCAGCCUUCUAGAGUCAAAUCAGUGUUGCAAAGUGUCUAUAUAAACACCUCCAAUGUAGAUGAUUAUCUUGUGGAAUCCAUUACCAGACCUGCAGGAGAUCCAAAUGCAGGAGAAGUGUAUUAUCGGUUGAUGACAAGAUUUAUGAUUGACCAGAGCAAUUACACGCUUGAUAGCAUACUGCAGAAGUUGUCAUGCCCACUGCUGCUACUAUGGGGUGAUCUGGACCCCUGGGUACGGCCUGCAAAAGCAGUCAGAAUUAAAGAGUUUUAUCCAAACACGAGCAUCGUAAACUUGAAAGCGGGUCAUUGCCCUCAUGAUGAGGUGCCUGAGCUCGUCAACAAUGCACUUAUAGAUUGGCUAACUUCUUUGGAUCACGAAGCUAGCUUCUGACCAGUAGUUUUAGAUCUCUCAUUCAUAGUUUACUUAGUUGAUGCAGUCUUCAGAUUUUACAGUGGAUUAUCAUGAGAGAUUCAAUCGACAGUUUGCUAUUAGUCAUUUUAUCUGUGUACAAAACAAUUUUAUACUUUUAUUUGACUUGCAUAUACGCUCUCUCGUCUAUAGCUUGAAGAUUUAUGAGCAUUCAAAACAUCAAAUCGUCAUUAUGAUGGGCAUGUGGGAGGUUAUGAUUUAAAAUCUUGCACAUGGCAAAGAUAAUUUUAAAUUGGAAAGCUCCUGAGAAUGGAACAGAUUUGGCUA